AUCGCGAAGUUGGUUGGAAUUGGCGUGAUUUCGUAAACAGAUUGUAAUUUAUCAGGAAAUAUCCUUGCAAAACUGUUUUAUUGUCCUUGAAACGCUUUCACUACGCGCGUAUUGUGCACUGGAAACUGUACCUAGAAAAAACAAACCCUGUAUAGCCGUAAAUAUACCUAUAAACCUCAAUUAUUAGAAGGGUGUGGAAGCACGGAAUUAGAAAAAUAAAUACAACACAAUGGCCGAAUCCUCCAAUGCGGGUUUGGAUCGACAACCUCAGGCAGCAGGAGGAAGUUUGUUGGUCGCCGGAAAUGCCGAGGAACUCAACAAAUCAGCGCCUGAUUCUGAGCCUGGAAAACAGGGUUUCAUCUGUGGUGUUGUUGAAGGAUUUUAUGGACGUCCGUGGACUACGGAGCAACGAAAGGAUCUAUUCCGAAAACUUAAACAAUGGGGUAUGGAUUCGUACAUUUAUGCACCGAAGGACGAUUAUAAGCACCGGGCAUACUGGAGGGAUCUAUAUACAGUUGAAGAGGCGGACCACUUGACGGCAUUGAUAAGUGCGGCCCAUGAGCAGAACAUCAACUUCUACUACGCCUUAUCCCCCGGGUUGGACAUAACAUACAGCAGCACGAAGGAAGUGAGCAUUUUGAAACGCAAACUAGAUCAAGUGUCGCAGUUCGGCUGUAAAGCAUUUGCGCUUUUGUUUGACGAUAUCGAACCAGGGAUGUGCAAAUCGGAUAAAGAAGUGUUCCAAAGUUUCGCCCACGCUCAGGUUUCGGUUACGAAUGAGGUUUACAAUCACCUAAACUGCCCACGUUUUCUGUUUUGCCCGACCCAGUACUGCAGUACUAGAGCCGUCCCCAACGUUAAACAAUCGGAAUACCUGAAUACUCUCGGAUCUAAGCUGAUCCAAGCGAUAGAUAUCAUGUGGACUGGACCGAAAGUUAUCUCUAAACUUUUAACCGUAGAAUCGAUUCAGGAGAUCACCGAAGUGAUUAAGCGACCACCUGUCAUCUGGGACAACUUGCAUGCGAAUGAUUACGAUCAGAAGCGGGUGUUUCUUGGUCCCUAUUCAGGUCGUUCUCCGGAGCUGAUUCCGCUACUGCGAGGAGUAGUAACAAACCCCAACUGCGAAUUUCACGCCAAUUCUAUCGCCAUCCAGACGUUGGCAUUCUGGAGCAAAUGCCAAGCCGAUACGAAAAUUAGCUCCUCCAUUUCGUCUGAUAUCAAGCUGGAAACGGAGAAUGAGGAGGGAAUAUGUCAGGAGGAGGCACCGGCUUUUCUAUCCGAGAACGUGUACCAUCCACGAUUGGCACUCAAGAAUGCCAUUAGCAACUGGUUGCCGGAGUUCUAUCAGCAAAAGGAAGCCUGGGGCCCAAUCUGUAAGCCGCAACCAGCUGUUACAAUGGUUAUGCCAAUAAUACCCAUCAUUCCAUCCGUGAACACCUGCAUGACGCUGACCUCGACAAACACGACAACGACAACCAGUACUAGUACGUUGCCGGUACCGGAAGUGAACACCACGCAGCUGCAGCUCUUUGCCGAUGUGUGUAGCACCGUAACGUCGACGCCAGAAAACAUUCCUGCCCCCAUCAUGAACUCGCUGGUAUCGGCAACCAAGGUGGUGACCAACGAAUCCCUGCCGAAUCCGAUGGCCGCUGCCGUCAGCAACAUCACCAUUCCUCCGACGAUUCCGAUUUCCAGCAUACCGGUACCGAUUAUGAGCAUUAAAGCCAACGGGGACUUACUCGUUCAGGGCGAAGCCGCUCCGCUGAAGACUGACGCCGAGCGGGGUUUGAAUGAUAGCGAAGUGCCCCCUGGUGGCAUCGGUGAACCUUUGGAAGAAGACGCUGUGAUUGAGAAUGACAUAGAGCAAAAACAGUUGGACGAGUCAAUGGAAAAGCGGAAAUCGGAUCCUUCUGGUGCUGCUAUAUCUCUUAUGGUUGAUGAAGAUCUGAAAACGAAGGAGGACUCUGAAAUUAGUUUGGAGAAAAAAGAUUUGCCAACUGAGGUCAAUAUGCUCGAGGAAGGUGAAGAGAAGAGUGAUUGCUGUGAGGUGAGGAUGGUCGAUCUGGAAGAAAACGAAGUCAAGAUGGCUGAUGCUAGUAGUGAAAUGGAGGAAAAAAUGACAGAUAUCGAUGAUCAAGGAGGGGUCAUCAAUCAGGUGAAGAUUCAUAUCGAUGAAGAUGCCAAGGAGAACGAACCGUUCCACUGUGCUGGCUCAACACAUGGCGGAAUUUGUGCGGAACCGAUGGAGUGUGGAAGUAAUUUCACCUCACCAAAACAUAUGCUGAAAACACAUUUUGACGAUGUGCUGAUGUCGGAAACAACUUCGACUGGUUCUGGUAGUAUGCAAAUUGAAAGCUCCGAUACAUCCCUCACAUCAAAUGCGGAGAUGGUAGAAGAAAAGAAUACCACUAACAAAGACAUCACAGCGACUGAUCUCACACUGUUGUGUGAUCUGUUUUAUUUACCAUUCGAACAUGGUAGCAGAGCGCUGCAGCUCUUAACGGAUUUCCACUGGUUGAGAAUGCAUGCUAACGUUCUGUGUAGUCGCGGCAGAAGGGCUAAUAAAAACACAUCAGAAAGCUGCUGCAAUGGAACACCAAGCACGUCCAGUGCAUCGUUGAACACCGUUGGUGGAAUGGAAGUCAAGGAAGGUUGUGACAAGAGCGAAGUGCAGGAGUGGUUGCGACGGUCCGAGUCAUUCGAAAAUCUAGUUCAAAAUAUUUUACAAUUAGCCGAUAAGAUAGCUCGAUGUGCAAAUAAGGAACUCUGCUAUGAUUUGUUCUCGUACAUUUGGGACAUCGUGGCCGUACUCUCAUUGCUAAGUGCAUUCGUGAAAUGGUUAGCCCUAGGUCAUUUCCCACCGACCAUCAAUUCGUUCACCCAAGGGGGAUAUACAUGGUUCAGCAAGGGUUGGAAGGAAACGUUUAUGUCCGGGGAUCAGGAACCUUGGGUUUUCCGGGGUGGCCUUGUUUCGGAUCUACAACGUCUGAUUCCAUUAGACGCCGGUAACGAUCUUUUUCUGUACAAGCUUCCCGAAACUUCCAGCGUUAAACUUUACACCUUCCGGCCGUAUGUGUUCACCGACGAGCUGAUACUUUAUGAUCUCUUCCUUCGAACCGCCAAUGAAGGGGAUGGGUUUAUCGAAUCACUUCCGGAGCCGCUAAAAGAUGUUGUAGCAGAUCGAUUUCUGGGACCAUUCCUGACACUGUCCCCACAGUUUUGUAUGGUUGUCGAAGAUCCGAACACAUCCGUCGUUGGCUACGCCUGUGCCGCUCUCGAUGCGAAAGUGUUUCUCCGGAAUCUCGAACAGUGUUGGAUACCAGAGAUGUGUCUGAAGUACCCUUUGUCAACACUGGAGGGCUUGCAACUCAUUCCGGAAUCGGAUGAGUCCAAUGAAUCUGAAUGCGGUACUCCCAAAAGUUUACAACAACAAGCUAGCGAAUGUAUCAAAUACUUCCACACUUUCAAGAAUGAGUACCCUCCCUCGGUGCUUCGAUCACAUCCGGCCAUCAUGUGUUGCGGUAUACUGAAGGACAACCUUGCAGAUGAUGAAACAGUAUGCAAGAGGAUUAUAACUGUCCUGUUAGCAGCCCUUCGCUCGAAUGGAUCCAACUUUGGGGUUCAUGUUUGCUUGGAUCAAAGCGACCGAUUCCUUUAUCAGCUCUACUCCAAGCUCGGUUUUGUGGAGAUAUAUCGCGAAGACUCAAAACUGUACCUUGGUCGAACUUUCUGAUAGCAAGGACUGCCUCUUUUACAUAACAACUCAUAAUCGCUGGCAACAGAGCAGUUUAUAAUCAAACCAGCAACAACUUAACCAAUCAUCACGUUUUGUUUUUUUGUUUUCGAACGGACGAAUUUGAAGUGGAGAACAACAACGUACUCAACAGUAUGAAAUAUACCGUAACAUAUGUAUUCUACUUUAAGGCGUAUGGUACCCUAUAGUGCGCAAUAAUUAGUCCUAUGGAAUGUCAAACAACAAUGCAGUAAGUUCGAAUAAAAAUAAAAUAAAAAUAGUUAUUUAUCCAGCA